AAGCGUUGUAAGUUUAUUUUGAUUGGCAGCAUAAGACUUAGUGUGGUGUAUGUUCAUUUUAAUGAAAUCCUACGUGCGUCAUACUAUCACAUGUCACAACUAGAAAUAAAGAUCUAUCUAUCAUCGGCUCAAGAAGUUUAACGAAGAAAACAUAACAAUAAGUCUUGCUUUUAAACUGCUCUGUCGUCUGCUAUAAUUAGCAACAGGAAAAAGCGAUCUGUUGUCGAUUGAAUGGUUAUCAAACCAAGUAGUAGCGUACAUUUGAAUUGAGCUAGUGGAGGAUAUGCGAUUUCUCAAUUUACGGGAUUGGUUAAACAUAUGAGAUGUCGAGCAAGGAACAAAGACGUCGCGUUGGUAUACUGGGAACCGGGGACUUCGCAAGAGCGCUAGCAAAACGACUCUUCUUUUCCGGAUAUGACGUCAUCCUGGGAAGCAGAAAACCGGAAAAGAAAGCGAUGUCUGCCAUUGACCAGUGUCUGUGCAAUGUUCAACUUCUUUCCGUGGAGGAGUGCAUCAAAAGCGCUUCUAUAAUUUUCCUGGCAGUCCAUUUCGAUAAUGUCAAGGAGCUUCUGACAGAACACGUCGAGAAACUCGAAGGAAAGAUUCUAAUCGACGUCUCCAAUAGAGACAGGCCAAGCAGCGUCACGUCAAACGCAGAGCUCGUCCAGAAAAUGGUUCCCAGCUGCAAGGUUGUCAAGGCGUUCAACGUCAUUUCUGCCUACGCGAUGGAGAACGACUACAACUCGAGCAGUAAACAGGUCUUCAUUGCUAGCAACUGCGAAGGCGCGAGAGAUGUGGUGGCAAAUAUUGCCAAGGACAUGAACUUCCGACCAGUGGACUUUGGAGGGCUGUUUGCUGCUCGGAGAAUCGAGAAACACCCACUGAGGCUGUUUCCGGAAUGGAGAGGCCCGCUUGGCUUUGCGGUUGGCGUAUUCAACGCAUGGCUUUUAUACCUUAUCUAUAUCUACUAUAUUGCGGAGUCCAAGUACCAAUGGGAGCAACUUUUCGUCAAAGUGCUCAACAAAGCUAUUUGCAUGACAGGCAUAACUACGUUGUCAGUAACAUACUUGGCCAGCAGUUUUGCGACCGUUUUUCAAAUUUACUACGGUACGAAACAUAUACGUUUCUCGCGGUGGCUAGAUAAAUGGCUGAAGAAUCGGAAACAGCUUGGUCUCAUAUCCUUCGCACUGAUAUCAAUACACGUGAUAAUGUCAGUGCUCAUCAUGUCUCCAACGUACUUUAGCUCCUGGUACCACAGCACUGAAAUCACCGUUCCUGUGAAUCUCACUGCGCCAUUUAAGAUCAAACAGGGCACGUGGAUGAACUGGAAAGGAGAGGCGGCUUGCUUGGUUGGCAUCAUAGCCUACGUGGUACUUUGUUUUAUCUGCGCCACUACAUUUCCGUCCGUCACGGACACGUUAAACUGGCGAGAGUGGAGGUUCGCGCAGUCUAAGAUGGGACACGCUGCUUUAUUGCUUUCUGUCGGACACGUUCUGGUUAUGGGGCUACCCGGAUGGCUGUCGAAGCCGCAUCUCAUUUACAAAUCUAUCACAUUCCUGUGUUCAAUUUUACCGUGGAUAACAUUAUUACUGAAGCUUUUAUUUUCUCUUCCGUGUGUUGACCGGUACGUGAUGAAGUUACGCAAAGGUUGGGAGAGACACGAAAACAAAUGCAGAGCGGACUGUGUUCGACCCGUAAAGCAUGAGGGUUAUGUUGCUAUUGACAUGAACGCAGGAAAGCGGAUGUCGUGCCAGGAUGCGUGCGCAUGUCCUGAUGACAAGAUACCGAUGAUGAACAUUGGGGGCUCGGAUUGUGACUGUGCUAGUGACGACCUUGUAUUGAAUGUUCCUUAGAUUUUAAUGGGAAUGUUCUAGAAAAGGAACAACAAUGUAAAAAAAUCAAAUGCCCAUUUUAAUAAGGUUUUAAAAGAUAAAAAACAAACGGUGCUUCAGUUAUGUAUGUAUAUACAGUCCACUCUCGUUAUCUCGACAUCGGAUAUCUCGAUAUUCUCGAUAUGUCGAAGUAAGCUCAAUGUCCCAACAUUUUUCCUUCUUUAUCUAUGUAAGUAAACAUCGCAUAUCUCGAUUUUCGUUAUGUCGAAUUAUUCGAUAUGUCGAUAUAAAAUUUUGUCCCGAGCCCCGAUUUUACAUGUAUUUACUGUGGUUUAUCUCGAAGUGCGAAUAACUGUCCCAGUGUCGGCAAAAGGUGCGAAAUUUUUUCUUUGAUCGCCGUCCCGCUUAGCCCGGCUGCUCCCGAUACUUUGCGGUAGGAAAUUGAUGUAUCAUCGAUUGCAUCAAUGAUCACACGUGUGUAAUGUCGUUAGCCAUCAACACUUGAGUAAGGCCUGUCACUUUAACUGCAAUUAAUACACAGCCUGCCGAAAGGCCAAAAUAGUAAUUGUUUUUACAAACAACAUUCCAAAAUGCAUUGAGUUAUAUUUUUGCGUAUAUAAAACGUUAUAAAGAUAAUAACGAUGAUAAAGACAAGACUCAAAAUGGUUUUUCAUUUGUAUUUGAUCCUGUACUAAUAAUCUAUUGCACUUUGCAUUUCAAACAACAAAAUGUACAUGUACAGUUCAGUAUUCCGGAACGUGAUUUACGCAUGUUCAGAUGGAAAACCCUCGAAUUGAUUGGAGGUCAAUUGCAUCAUCACUUUAAAUAGCAACAUAACCAGAUGUUUACUCGACAGUCUAUAAAAAUUCUAACCGCAUGUUUUCAUACAAUUCUGUAAUACUUACAACGUCAUUUUAACCAUUAAAAUAGCAAAAUUAAUCGUGCCUCGUAAAAAUGCGUAUACAUGUAUAUUAGGAAGAGAGUAUUAUGCCUCAUGUUGACGGCUUUGUUAGACCGCUUAGCAGGUAAUUAUAUGUUAAAAACAAGGUAAAAUUGCGUCUCAUUUUCGUUUGAAAACGCCUAAUCGGAUAUCUCGAACUCUCGUUAUCUCGAUAUUUUUUCAUGUUCCCGCCGACUUCGAGAUAACGAGAGUGGACUGUAUGUCAACUAUAAAAUAGUUGGGUGAUGAAGUCCGUGUGAAAUUUAGAUUUGCAUUGUUUUAAUAGUUACAUUCUUCCGAAAAAAAAGAGAAAUAUGUUAACAAUGAAUGAUUUAUUAUGUUACAAUAAUAAUUAUAUAAAUAUAGGAUCUGGUACGAGUUGUCAUAUCAUACCAUAUUUUAUAAAACGAGUUCAUGAAUUUUUUUAGUAAGCGAGCCUUUGGCUCCCUGGACGAGUUUAAUAAAAUAUGGUAUGAAAUGACAACGAGUGUCAGAUAUUUUUUAUCACAUGUUUUUUUGCUUUUAAAUGAGCAAAUUAAAUAAAUAUUAUGCAAAUAUAAUGAUAUAGAGGAUAUUUGCUGGAUUCGGUGGAUUAUCGAUUUUAAUUCACGAGUGAUCAUAGAAAAAGAUAUUUUCACGAGUGAAAAAAUAUAUUUUCUAUGAUCACGAGUGAAUUAAAAUCGAUAUUCCACCGAAUCCAACACAUUUUCUUUUUAUUUUAUGCUUUUUUCACAGUUUAUAUUCAUUGUUAAAGAGUUUAACUAAAGAGUUUCGCUGGAAUAAUGACGUCAUUUCGUCAAAAAUGACGUCAUUUCACAGUAAACAGUGAAAAUUAUCGAUAAUUUUCACUGAUAACUUUCACUGUUUGAAAUAGUGAAAUUAUCAGUUUUAAUUCACUGAUAUUUCUCUAUAAACCACCGAAAAGCAUAAAAUAAAAAUCCCGAAUGUUGUUUACAUUUCGUGACGUCAUUUGAAGUUGCAACGUCAUUUCAGCAAAUUAACAAAAUGCGAUUGGUCAAUCGAACGAAAACUAAGCCAAUUUAAACGCUUAAAAAGUAUAUCACUAAGUUGUAAGAUAAAAAAUAUUCGUAAUGGUUAUAUUACAUGGGAAACAGGGUAUGGCAUAUGAUAUAAAACCUUUAAAACAAAUUAAACAAUCACAUGUACCUGUAGUACGUUUGUCUUAUUUGCGUACACUUUCUUUGAUUUGAAACUUUGUCAAUGUUUCUAGAACGAAGUGUUAACAUCUUAAAGACCUGUACAAACUGUCGAACAGUUAAACAUACUUGUUCCAUUGAACAGAACACGCGAGCUGAUUGUCGUACAUUAAUAUAAAAAAGUUCACUACCGUAAGUCGUGUUAAAUUUUAUAAGCCUCUAUAUAUGCAAACAUUGAGGUUCGUUUCCAAAUUUAAGAAUAACCACGCAAAUAAGGGUUCAGAAUGUAAAUCACGGGUUUCGCUGCCUAACAUUAGGUUCACCAUUUGCGACGAUAAUUUGCGAAAGUGAUUAUUUAUUUUCAAAUCAUUGUCUCCAAAAUACUGUACGAAAAUCUUUUGCAAGUUAAAUGCAAAUGGUUGAACGCAAGGGACAAAAACAUAGGCGGUCAGGGUCUGUCAGUAAUAAAUAUUGGUUCAUAAGCGACGAACAGGUUAGAGUGUAAAACUAAAACAAAGUUACAUCAUACUGACCAAUCAAGUCAUGUAUGGCCACAUUCUUUUAAUGUAUCAAUCUAUUUUACUCGAAUGCAUGUUUUACACAUUAAGACAGUUGUUCUGGCUUUAUCUUAAGGAGAUAUUGAUGUGGUAAACAUAUGUUUUCAAUACUAAAUCACUGAACUAAGACAAAGUUAGAGACUACAUGUAUAGUAAAACAUUGGGAUAAAACGAACAACAUUCCACUAGUAAAUGGACGACAAAAGGUGCAACACAGUCGAUUUUGAUUUGUGUUGAGUUCUUUCUUUUGUUAUACAUGGCUUAUACUUUUUUUGCAUUACUUGAUUCAGUGUAGAAUGCCUUUUGAAAAAAAGUAUGGUUAUGGGGGUCCUCGUGCAAAAUUAUACAUUUAUUGUCGCUUAAAGAUGUUGCUUUUACCUUGAAUUUAUAAGGAAAAUAUUAAGUAUAUUGUGACCUGUUAGUCUUAGAGACGAUGUUUGUACUGCCAUUGACAGUCGCCGUUUAUGAUAUUGAAUAAUAAACCAAUAAGUACUUGGUCAAACCUUCAUAAAGACCAUUUAUGAGAAUUAUAAUUAGAGACGAUGAAAACUAAAUAACUAUAAGAUAUUGUAAAUCCAAAAGCAAACUAUGACAAUGGUUACUGUUUAUACAUGAACGUGUUAAUUUGAUUUGAGCCAUUAGAUUUUCAAAUAGUUGCUAUUUGUUUCAUAUUCAGAUAUUCAUUUAUGUGGUGCAAUGUUUAAUUACAUAAUUUUGAAACAUUUAUAAAGCAUACUGUUUCAUUGAUGUGUACAUGAAAUUUGAUGAUGGUUGUUAUUUUGUGUUGUCUGACAUGUAAACAAAUGUUAUUUAUGAUAUAAAAUAAAGCAUGUGAUGACUUA